GGGGGCCCUCCAAGUGCUGGAGUGCAGUGUGCUAUGACCAUCCCCUGCCGUGUGCUGUGACGGGGCCAAGGCUGCGAGAGGGGCCUGAGGCAGCUCUUCGAACCGCCCUUGGGUUGGACCCGGCAGCUCAGGGUGACUCAGAAAGCAGGAUGGGGAACACAGGAACCAGUGAGCAUUGGCCAGCUGAGCUGCAGAGGGCAGGAUUUGGGCCUCUGGGACAGGUAGAGGAAAAACCCCUCAUCCCUGCCAGCCGGCAAAGUGCAUUAUGGGAGAGGCAAUCAUCAAGGCUUGGUGAAGGCUAGCAGCCCUGGUGCAGGUUAGGUUGGUUCCAGGCAGCAGCUCCUGGUGUUGAUAAAGCUAAACAAGCGGGAGUCAUUACGCUUGACCAGCUAGUAGAGAAGGGCAUCCAACAGCGCCUGCGACUUUAUCUCAAUGGCUACAGGAAGAGCAGACAGCCCAGCGUCUAACCCAUAAACCACCUGUUAACCCCCAGUUUCCCUUGGGCCAAUAGGCAGGAGUUCAGAGUUUUUCACUUGCAGAAACACAUCUUGCAUUCUACUCAGCAUUGCCCAGGCAGCAGCUACAGGCUGGCACGCCAGCACAUCCACUCACUUAGGGCGUUCAUCAGAGAGUGCUGGGGUCUGGGAAGUGUGUCUUACUCGACAGCCUGGCUCCCCCCACACCUAGGCCCAGAGGGGCCACCCCCAGAAAUGAGUGGAGAGGUUUAGGUGCCCACGAAGGGAUGGGUCAUGCCAUCCUUGCUCACACCGGGGGGAACCGCUCAGUGAGGCUCAGUACGACAGCGGGAGGCCAAGGUGCACUUGUGCAGCACGGUCUGUACCCAUGCACACCCUGCUGCGCUAGAGCCCAAGCAGCCACACUAGGUAUGCACUCACUACUGACACAUCCAGAGAGGUUUCGGUCCUUCCAGGCAGCCAAGGUAGCCCUACAGUGGGAAGAAGAAUUUGUGAUGUAAAACCUCCCCAGAGGCAAACCGAAGCCACAAGCCAUCCCAGAGCUCAGUCUUUGCUAAGCUGCUUCUUGACUGCAGUUCCCCAAGGGCUGCAGAGACAGGAUUCAUGGAAGGCAAGGCUGGCUGGCAUGUCCUGGAGAACCAGAGCAGGGCUGCGUAGGAGCCACCCGCAGUUCAAGGCAUGAGAGACAGCCCCAAGCGGAAGGAACAUGCAGUCUGGGUGACACCUUUGUCCAAGAGCAGAGGCAAGCAAGCGGUUGCUUUCAGCCCUGCAGAGACGCUUCCUCUCACAUCAGCCUGGGCUUGUUGUAGAAACCAAAUGCAGAGCAAAGUGGGUAAACAGACUGGGCAGGGAGGUCAGGGGAAGUAUCAAGGUCAAAUCAUAUUUAAGACCUUUGCAGAUGUGGUGGAUGUUUCACAGCAUCGACUCCCGAUUUUCUCGUUAACAUGGAAGGUGCUCAGGUACAAUGGUGAUGUGAUGGACACAGUUCCAGACCCUAAAAGAGACCCAGUCACAGAGUGGGUCUCUCUGGAGGAGUCCAACUAGUAGCAUGAGCAGCAGCAAUAUGCCUCUUGGCGCGAGGAAAGAACCCUCCGCACAACUGAAUGAACAUCUGCCUUAGCUGGACCGACCCCUGGGGGGCUGGACAGACCCCUGGGGGGCUGGGCCCCUCCAUCCACUGCAUUGACAUUCCCACCAAAAUGUGGUGAUGAUUUGUACCCCACAGCAUCUGUAUUGACUCCCACCACAUGGCUCCCCCCACCCUGGCAAAGCAUGCAUUGCCUUGCUCCGUCUGAAUUCUCUGAAGAGGCAGGCUGGACGGAGAUUUCUGAAGCUGACCAGACAAUUGAUCAGUGUCCCACGCAUGGCCCCCAUCCAGGUUAAUGGGGGUUAGUGCAGCUAGUGGGCUUUGAAAAAUCACAGCCCUGACUGAUGCAGCAGGAAGCUUUUUAUUAAUGGAACGGGCUCCGGGGUAGAUAACCGGGACCACGGCUCAGGCCCAGCACUGCUGUAAGAACUGCCAGAGCAUGCUGGGUAAGGGACUAGUGACCUGGCAACAGCCACACCAGCUGGACUCAGGAAUAGAGGGAGCUCACAGCUGGGACAGUAGCCAGAAUGGUCUGCUAGCCUUUCCUGGCAGGAUUCAGCCCGGUUGUGCCCGUGGUUCUAAUGGGGAGCCGUCCUUCCUCAGAUUCCUGCUCAAAUGGAUCUGUUCUGAUGUCAGCUCCAUUUGGCUGGAGCCACCUACCCCUUGCAGGGCUCUUACAGCUGUGUAAAUCGUCAGUUGUGAAGGAUUCAUUCUAAAGAAAUCUGUAAGCCCCCAUUAAAACCUACCAUAAAACCCUGCCACUGCGCAGUCCCUCCAGCCAGGCCAUCUCAGCGCUGUUAGAAGAGUCAGUGAUUUGGGGGUGCAAGGAAUUAUUGGAGCUCUCAGCUUGAAAAGUCUUUUUCUCCAGUUGCUUUCUGGGCUUGGAUUUUCGUUUAGACACAGGUUAUUAAGGCCGAAGCCCUGUCCCCAGUGUUUUCCUUCUGGACGUGCAAUACGUGCCUUGUUCACACGGAGGACUUGGCUUCCCUUCAGAAACGUUUGACCCAUUAAGAUUUGUGUGUGUGCUGUGGAGAGUCCUGCAUGAACUGAAGCAUUCUGCAUGAGGCUGAGCUCUUUGCAGUGCUCUGGUCAACUCUGAGAUGCAUUUAAACUGCAGUAUUUAGCACAUGCGGGGCUAUCGAAUAUGAGCUAUGCCUGUCACCGGAGCUGAAAGCUGAUCACGUAUCAGCCAUUAACAGCUGGUAGAGGAUGCCCACUCCCUCCAAACCAAUGAUCGCCCAAGCUGGGCAGUGGGACAGAGCUACCAUUUUCUACUUUAAAAUGAGGACCAAGGGGAGGUUUAUGAACAAAGCCAAACCCCUCAACUUUCCCAUUUCAUAUGGAGAAGAUACUGCAGGUUUAAAUGUCUUACAUGGUCAUUCAGUGGUGUAAUGAGUGAGCAGUUCCUGGAAGCAUCUGCUGCGGUAUCCUUUGAUCAGGGACUAGCAACAACAUAUUCUUAGCAAAGUUCUCUCUCCAGUAGAGCGUGUGCGAUGCAAACAGUAAGGCUCUCUCCUCCAGCCUCAUUGCCUCACUCCAUUUGCUUUGUAUUGUCUGCCUUUGUCUACACUCCCCUGCCCUCUCCUUGCACUCAGUAUUUCCAGCCUGCCCACUGCCAUUACACCACUAAGGACAUGUAAAGUCUAGAGCGUGUGCAGAGAAAGGACAAUGUGGAGCUCUGUCCUGAGGGAGAUGUUUUUCUCCCCCCCCCCGCCUUAGCUUGGGACCGGGAGUUACUACAAUCACGAAGGCUGGAGGUAUUCCCAUGCACACAAUGGCAUUCUGGGACCCUUCGGGCAACUGAUGACUGAGGAGGACAUAAUCCGCAUUGAGAAGCAAAUUGAGAGCCUCCAAGUGAUGCACAAAGUUCAGAAGGUGGAGACGGAGCUGGAACAGCUGGAGCACGAAAUGCAGCAGCUCCUACCGCUCUCUGCUGCCUUGGCAAAGGAGCAUUUCACAGCAAACCCCAAGCGCAUGCAAGGCCAAGCCAAUGACCUCCCAGCCUGGUGCAGCAAGAUCUCCACUCUCCUAAAGAGCAUGGCCAUUCUCCUGGCUAUGCUUGGGGGCAAGGCAGUCAACCUGGCAGACAUGGUGAGCCCUGACACGUCUGAGCACACGAGACAGGCCACGAGCACCUCGCCCGAGGCAGCACCGCUAAAAGAGUGCCCUGCUAACAUCGGGAGAUCGCAGUCCUUCAGCUGCACUCGGGAGGAGGUGGAGAAGGAGAUCAUGCAAUAUGGUGUGUCGGUGAAGAACCUGAAGGCCAACUAUGAGUUGCACACGCAGUGCCAGCUGCUGGAGGCUGUGUCCAGCAGGGUGUACAAGCGGAAGAGGUCCCUGCCUGUGGGAACCAUGCCAUAUAGCUACGGCCGAGAGCCCAUCCUGGAGGAGGAUUAUAUAACAAGUAGUGAUCUGUUCAAUGCACUAAGCGAAGAUGCUGCAGCUGAUGGCAUAGAGCCACCCAGUAUGCUAGAGCAGGCUCCCUUGCCCUACUGCGAAACUGGGCCCCGGCCCUCAAGAGACACAGAGACACAGAGUGCAGCCACGGAGCCUUUCGGGGAGGCCCUGUUUAGCCCCGACCACCUGACCAGAAGCCUCCCCGUGCAGACGGAGCUGAGCUGCGUGCAGGAUUACAUUGACAUGCGGAAGGAGCGGAUCGUCUACCUCUUCCUGGAGCACUGGAAGAAGUGGACGUUCACCGAGUCGGUUAGCCACGCUUGCCCCAAGAGGAAAAUGGGGCUCGCCGAAACGCUCGACUCAGAGGUCAGCGCCCUGCUCCCCAUGGCGCCCGGGAAGAAACCCAGCGAGGAUGACCGGCUCUUGUACUUCAUGAAGCAAAGGCAGGUGGUGGGGAAGCUGAUCGCCCACUGGAGAAGCAUCAUCAGCCAGGUCCCGACACGGCAGAUUCACCGCCUGAGCCGCACCAACAUGUUGUACUGGCCUGAGCACUUCCUGCCGCAUGCCCGUGGCUCCCCAGUGGCGUACAGCAGCCUGACGCUGGACCUCUUCAUGCUGGGCUACUUCCAGCUCCUGGAGAUGAGCAUGAGCCGCGAGGAGAGGAAGUUCCGGCACCUUCUGUGCUACGAGAUGUUUGACCGGCUGGGCAGCCACAGCUGGGAGCUCAUCCGCCAGUUCCACAAGGUGGUGAUGGAGGAGAUCGAGGCCGGGAAGCGGGACUGGCUGCAUGGCUUCGAAGAUCUCAAACAGGAGUUCUUUGGGGACAGCCUGGAGCCGGAGCAAGCGGCCGCAGCGGAACCAGAGCUCCCAGCAGGAACCCAGCCUCCACAGCUGGUCCCUCAGGAAUCCUCCCAGAGCUUAAUCAGUGAUGUCCCACAGCCCGCUCCAGCGCCCGACGAACUGGGCCUAGCCCCUGCCCCUAAGAGCAGGGAGAGCUCCAUCCAGCUGGUCUCCGAGCUAGGGGAGUUCAGCAACGAGGACAUUUGUCGCUACAUAGACCGUAGCUUCUCCUUCUGGAAAGAGAAGGAGGCGGAGAUGUUUGAUAUCUGAGCGCCCCCCAGCAGUGCCCAGCGCACACUGUGUUGGAAGCAGGCAGGGGCCUCUGUGCCCUUGCCCCAAACGCUCACAAGUCGCAGGUAAAGGCGAUCACAUCCUCUUUGAGGUGGGACGUUGGUCCAUCUCAUAGAGGGAAUUGCUGGCUGAGAAGCAGCUCCAGUGACAGCAGGGGACAAUCAAACCUGCGCCAGCCCCAGAGGACUUGACAAGGGCUGUUUGGCUCAGUUAAUUAGUUGAGGGACCCGUUGUAUUUCCAAGAUGAACUGAGCCCAAGCUGUCUGAGCCCAAGACAAAGUUUGAGGAGCAACCUGUAAUCAUUUUAUGUGAUGCCUAGUUGAAGAGCUAUAAAACAGAAAAAAGAAACACACAUUCCCCAGCUGAACCCAGUACAGGAUUCUACUGUGCAGACUAGGGACUCUGAAUAGAAACAAUUUAGUAUUCAUGUAAGUAGUGUCAGAGGGGCCCCAAUCCUGCAGUUGUUACUCAGGCAGAACUCCCAUGGGCUUCAGCAACUCCAGUGAGCUCAAUGGCAGUUUGGUUUGCAAAAGAACUGCAGGAUUAGUCCCAGAGUCUGCGUUAUUUUGUUGAAUCCUGAAUUCCCUACGUGGACAGUCUCAGAGUCCUUCUUUCUCAAGAAAAGCUUCUUGCGUAGCCAGUGCUCCCUGCUGGCUGAACUGACCAGGGUGCGGCUGUAACCAUGUGUCAUGUGAAGUUGUGGCUGUUUGCCGUUUUCCACAGGAGGUGGUCCAGGGAUUUUCCUCUCAAGCAGUGUGUACAUUUGCUGUAGUUCUGCAUUAGCUGGAGGAAGAGCUAAUCCCUGACAAACGUACUAUGACACGAGCUGUCUCCAGUUUUCUGCAUUUUACAGACACUUCUUUAGCUAAUGUUUCCUGAAGCUGGGAAGCCAGUUAUUGGGGAGUAGGAACUGGUAUGAGCAUCUCCAUCCUUCCUCUGGCGAGGCGGAGGACCGCACCAGAGUUGCCCUGGGUCCAUACUGAGCACAGGCUGAGUGCUGUACUAAUUGGUCUCACAGUGCAUGGUUCUGCAACCAGAUUAGCAAUUCCGUAUCAUGUUAGAGCAGUGUGGAGAGUUCCCUUUGAUGCUGUGAGCUUCCAGACCAAAGGCCGCUUGGACCACGUUGUUCUUUGAAGAUUCCCAAGAGUCCCAAGCUUGCCCUAGUGGAACGUGCAUGGCUUGGAAUGGAGAUAGGACCAGAGUUGUUAUUGUAUAGACAUUUGGAAAUGAGCUUUGCUUUAAGUGGGGGGAGGGUGUGUCUGUGCACGCUUUGCAUCUUCCCUAACACUGCUUUUGACAAUGAAGGAAUAAAGCUCUCUGCCCUCGGAAGGGAGUGUCGAGGCUGUUUCAGUGGGAUUUGGGACCCUCGACACCUUGCUCUGGGCACUGGCUGUUCCAAGCCAAGUGUCCUGCAAACACCCAAGGAAUAGGGCCAGAUGUAUAUUUUUCCUGGUGAAUGUGGCCUGAAGCCCAGUGCCCAGCCUGGCUCCUGCAGCAUCAAAACUUAAAGAAAGGGAAAGAUGGGGGGAGGGUGCCAUAGAAAAAUCCUUCACUGUAGUUGUGCCAGCAGCAGGAAAGCCCUGAAGGACAGCGCUCUUGCACUGUCGAGCAGCAGGUUGGCUUGGUACCGAGAGCAUGGCUUGGUCCUGCUAAUGGGAGAUUGUGCGGGCAGCCCCGUGUCUGACAAGCCUCACUUCUGCUAACACUGGGCUGUUGGAGACCCUGGCCCAGGGAGUAGGCCUGAGGGUUCAAGCUUCCAUAGGCCAGUAAUCAAGCUAGACAGCAGGGAUCAGUGAUCGAAGCAUGGUGUGUGGGGAAACUUCCAUCUGGCAUGGCCCUGUGGGCCCGAUCCUGCUGCCAGUGUUUUCAGUGGUGGCAGGGUUGGGCCCUGUCUCAUGGAGACACACAGAUGAAAUCAGAACCAGCCUGAAUGCUGCCCCCAGCUCUGAGCAUGCAGGGCAGGAUGUAGUUGACUAACUCCAUCACAGUCACAUUUCAUGGCCUGGUCUGUUGCCAAGCCUGGUUCCAAAACCCGCUGGGACACAAGAGGGGCUGCUCUCCCAGCAUCCCCAGCACAAGCCAGGAAUUAUUCAAGAGCUCGCGCCCAUGGGACGCGCCAACCAAGAGAGGCUGACAGACUCUCGGGGCUGUGAGAGUCGCUCUUCGUAACCAAACCAGGAGUUAGACAGCAGCAGAGCCAUGCUACUGAGCGUCCCGCCAGAUCACACCCCCAACAUUGCCCGGGAAGCUGGGGGCUAGUGCAGGUGAGAGCUCACUGACUCUUCUCUCGUUGAUGCACAUGAAAGCGGAGGCACGCGGUGGCGAGAACCGGCUCCUUGGAAACCAUCCAGCAACCUGGGAAAGGGGGAGUUAGGGGAAGGUUUGCUCACUCCACAGGUGCUGCCUCUGCUGUGUGGCACAAUUGAUUAGUCAGGACAUGUGACUAACCCUGACUUCCCACGUGGCUUUAGUCCUGCCCAGCCCUUCAAUGCCAAGAGCUCUGCUGUUGCCUGCAUUGCUAUCAGAAUGCCCCAGAAAAGAAGCCAUCUGCCUGUAGCCAAAUGUGCCUGGUCCCACACCAGACCGGGUUCAUUCUUUCAGUCUUAGGGGAGUGGUUGGGUUGGGGGAGCAGCAAUCGGCUGGAGGGACAUGGGGUUGAGCCCCGAGAGCCACGUGCCCUAGGGGAAGGCAUAAGAGGCCUGCAGCAGUAGAUCUGGGGGAAUCUGCCCCCCCCACGGUAGGUCCCAUCUUGGUCGCCCAUCGAUAGCACUUGGCUGAAGACUGAGGCGUAAGGGCCAGGAUCCCAUCCGGUGGAGUUACUCUGUGAUCACACUGCUGGGACGGAGAGCAGGCCUGGCCCUGCCCGUUCAAAUCUAUCUCUGGAAGUAAAGGCUGAGAGACGGUCCUGUUGGCCAACUCUUUGGUGGCCCGGGGGAGGCUGGUGCUUUUAGUCCCAUUCCGUCAUCAAAUGCUAAAAUAACAUCCCCUGGGCUAGCACUAACGGGCAAAGCCACCAACUGCCCAGAGGGACGAUGCUGAACUAACCUCUCCCAUCUCAAAGGGGCUCUCCAAGGCAGGGUGAGGCAGAGUGCUGGGGACAGCAUGGGAACCUUGCACUGGCUACUGCCUAUGGUGGACCAGUUUGGUCCUGGCUGCGUGCGAGCUUCCCUGCCAAGCAGUGUUGAGAUCAGCCAUCAGCCGGCCUGCAGCAAUCCUCCACCACUCUUCCCUCUGGCUCGAGUUCACUGAGUCACACAACCCGUCCCCUGCCGUGGUCCCGAGAGAUGCCCCCGGCUAUGCCUGAGAACUGUCCUAGCAAGCUGGAUGGAGGGGCUGUGGACACACCCGCCCACGCACACACAGCUCAUGCAGCAAUGGAGAGCACACCGGGAACACUGGAGAGAUAAUUUGCAAAAAGGCCCAUGUGGUGUUCCCAGCCAGCAGAGGAGCCCGGUGUGUAGCCAGCCAGAAGCAGGGCGUGCGUCUGCCCCUCCAUGCGGUGCCAUUUCUACUUUGCUCUUAGGCAGGCCUUAGGCAGGAUGGUGCCCGUACAAACAACCCUCCAGCUCCUUCGAGGCAGCAACCUCUGCUGGCCGCAGAUCCCAUGUCCCGCUCAGCACGACGUCUCCUGGGAAUUUCAGCCCUUCAGCACAAGUGGAGCAUUGAGCUCCUGGCCCCUUGCCUAACCGCUCUGCUAAGCUCUGGCCAGCCCAGGGUACCUGGAGCUAUCCAAGUGUCCCUCCUCUCCAGGCCAAGCCGCUCAGCUGAGGAGAUUUCUGCUGACUUUUGGCCAGGUAGGGGUGCGUGUGUUAGCGGGGUCUGGCCCUCCCAGAGCUGUCUCGCUCUAGCCACAGCUACUCCCUGUUCAGGGCUUGCUGCAUCAGGGCAGUGGUGGUGCCUUGCUCUCCAUUGCUGUGUUCCAUGGGGUGAGUUGCACACCCUCCUUUCUGGGGGGCAAUGGCCCGUUCUUUGUAAUCUUCCAUGUGUCCUCAGGGUUCUCCCCUGCCGUUGGCAAUGGUGGCACCUCUGCCUUUGCCCACAGCCUCUUGGGUCAAAACUCCUCCAGACGCUACAUCGCCACCUGAGAGCCAUGGAAUUCCCUCUCCCCCUUUGGCAGCCCUGCCAUCUCCCCUUGUCGCUGCUUGGGCUGGUCCAGCUCCAUAGGGCCGGCCUAGGCGAGACAUGCCCUCCAGCCUAGUCCAACCGGUCAGCUCUCCUGUCCCUUCUGCCCUCUCUCCAGCUCUGCAGGUGCUCACUGGCCUCCUUAAUGCCUUUUACUGUCUUACAGGAGAAGGAAGAAGAAGCUCGCUUGGCCACCAUGCCAGCCUGGAGGCGAGAGAUCCUGCGGAAGAAGAUGGAAGAGGAAAG